AUGUAUGUUUUGGACAAUUUGUCGACUAUUUUGUAUUAUACGUUUGCUGUAAUAAUAAGUGCUUUUUUACUACUGUUAACACUGUUGUAUGCAAGCGAACAGUUUCGCAAAUUAUGGUUUUCCUGGUUUUAUACAAUAUUUUGCACACAAUUUAUCAAAAGAGGAGGGAAUGCCAUUAGAGCCAAACUUUUUGAAAAACUUUCACGUUUUCAUACAGAGGAUCAAUCAAAACAAUUGGUGAUUCUAGAGAUAGGACCGGCUCGUGGAAACAAUUUUGAAUUUUAUCCAUCAAAUUGUCGUAUAAUAGCACUCGACUAUAACAGCUAUUUUGAGAAAUACUUUCUACAAAAUAAAUCAAAGUUUCCGAACAUAAUCUGCGAAAACUUUGUGAACGGAAUGGCAGAAGAUAUGCGACAAAUUCAAGACAAUUCUGUUGACGUUGUGGUCGCCACUUAUGUCUUGUGUAGUGUCAAAGAUCGCACUAAAACUCUCCAAGAAAUUCAAAGAGUACUCAAAAAAGGUGGAACCUACUACUUCAUGGAACACGUUGGUUAUCCCCAUACAUGCGUCAAAAAUAUUAUAUUAUUUGCCAUACAAUUAAUAUUACAACCUUUUUGGUACGCAUUCUUCGGCGGCUGUCAUUGUCAUCGACAGUCGUGGUCUCAUAUAGAAAGGGCUGGAUUUCAAAAACUUCAUUUAAAUUAUGAAUAUCCGACUGAAAUGGCAUUCAUAGCCAGAGCUCAUAUUUGGGGAACAGCUAUAACUCAAUAACUAAUG